ACUCUAACUGAGUGACCUCAGCUGGCUCCUACGGGAAGCACCGUCACAUCCUCCUCGGGCUGCUCAGCCUCCGUGGCCCACUGCCCAGGACUCCCCAGCAGCUGCCUGCAGCUCACAGAACCGAGCCCCUGGAGAUGAUCUGGAAAAGGCUUAACAAUGAAAUGACAUGAGUCCAGGCUCCUCUAGCGCUCUGAGGUGGCACAGGCCUCGGACUCUUGCCCUUGCCCUGGGGGUCACGCCCUGGGGGGUCGCACCCUGGCUCCAUGCUGUCAAACACAGGGCACCUGUUGGCUUCCAUGGGGCACGGAUGGAACUGCUGGAGGUUUAGCUGAGUGAGGACAGGAUCUAGCCCACCACGGACAAGCCAGACCGUGUCCUGUGUGACCAGGGCCCAGUCACGGGGGGGAAAGGGUCAUUCACAGGAUUUGGCUUGGAGAGGUUCACUAAGAGAUGGGGCUUCUCCCCUAGGCACGUUUAAGGCCACAUUGCCUUGCGUUAUCUGCCUCCUGAGAGCAGCCAGUCUGCACUGAGCUGCAGUGGGAAAUGAAACCGACCGGGGAGCCAGAAAAACAAAAGCAGGGCGUGCCAGGGCAAAGAGCCAGCUGGAGCUGCCGUGCAGCGACGAGGCCCUGCAAACACCUGCAUCUGGGGCCACACCGACACUGCCCUCCCCACUGCCCCUGCAGUAGCCAGAGGCUGCAGCCCAGGCUCCCCCAAGGGCUCUAAAGCAGCGUGGGUCCGGGCUAGGCUGGGGCCGAUGGCUCUGGAUCUUUACCGGACGCCGGCUCAGAAGCUGGAUAAGUUCAUUUUCGAUGUUCUGCAGCCCGACAGCACAUUCCUGCGCCAGGCUGGCCAAGCCAUCAACACGAUCUGUGAGUUCCUGAAAAAAAACUGCUUCGCCGACUGCCCCCCGCCCCGCAUCAAGGUGCUGAAGGUUGUGAAGGGUGGGUCCUUGGGCAAAGGCACGUCCCUGAAAGAUAGUUCCGAUGCUGACCUCUUGGUGUUCCUCAACUGCUUCAAAGGGUACGGCGAUCAGGAGACGAACCGGGCAGGGAUCAUCAAGGAGAUCAAGAGGAUGCUGGAAAAGUGCCAGCAGGAAAAGCACUUUGAGGUGUUCAUUGAGCAGUCCCGGUGGCCGAACCCCCGUGUGCUGAGCUUCAAGAUGAGUUCUGAGACGCUCGAUGAAUCCAUAGAGAUUGACGUCCUGCCAGCUUACAACGCCCUGUCCUCGGGUGCCAAGCCUAUGUCCCAGGUGUACGAGGAGUUGAUCCAGAGCUGCUCCCGGGGGGGUGAGUUCUCCACCUGCUUCACCGAGCUGCAGCGGGAUUUCGUGGUGGAUCGCCGCACCAAAGUGAAAAGCCUGAUCCGCCUGGUGAAAUACUGGUACAAGCAGCAUGUCCGUCCAUAUAAAAAGUACCUAGGAGAGGGGGAGUCCCUGCCCCCCCAGUACGCGCUGGAGCUCCUGUCUGUCUACGCCUGGGAGCAGGGCAGCAAGGAUCGGGCCUUCAACAUGGCCGAGGGCUUCCGGACGGUGCUGGAGCUGAUCCAGCAGUACAAGCAUCUCUGUGUCUAUUGGACCAUCAACUACAACUUUGCGGAUGAUGUCCUGGCAGGGUUCCUGCACCAUCAACUCCAGAAAGCCAGGCCCAUCAUCCUGGACCCAGCAGAUCCGACAGGGAUCGUGGGGGAGGGGAGCCGCUGGGACCUGGUGGCACAGGAGGCUGAGUGCUGCUGUCGCCAGCAAUGCUGCAUGGACCUCUACGGCGUUCCUGUGCAGCCCUGGGAUGUGCCGCCUGAGCAAACCUUCAAAGGGAGCAGGGGCUUUGAGAUCCACACCGGAGCGCAAGAACAUCCGGUCUCAGAACCUCAGCCUGAGCCAGCCUGCACCGGUAACCAAGCCAUGGCCAUCCAGCAGCCGUCCCUCUGCACCAUCCUCGCAGCCUCUGUUGUUGUCUCCUCGCCACUCCCAGGCAUGGGGCUCUACCAGACGCUAGCUGAGGACCUCGAUACGUUCAUCAGCAAUGACCUGCAGCCCAACAGAGUUUUCAAGACCCAGAUCAGCACAGCCAUUCACACCAUCUUCCUAUUUCUGACCCAAAACUGCUUCAGAAACUCUGGCUCGGCAAUGCGGGUGCUGAAGGUGGUUAAGGCCGGCUCGUCAGGGAAGGGCACGGCCCUGAAAGACGUCUCCGAUGUGGACCUCGUCGUGUUUGUCAGCUCGAUUACAGAUUUCCGGGCCCUGAAAGCAGAACGGAAAAAAAUCAUUGCUGAAAUCCAGACAAGGCUGGAGGAGUGCAGAGCAUCCCUGGGAAAAGAUCUAGUGCUGAGCAUUAAGAAAACAAAGUGGGAGAACCCCCGUGUGCUCACCUUUACCCUAACAUCUAGUACCACGGGUGAACAUAUUGAUUUUGAUGUGCUGCCGGCUUUCGACGCUCUAGGCCAGCUGUACAGAGGCUAUAAACCCGACCCCCAGGUGUACCUCAGGCUGAUACAUCGCGAAGUGAGCGAGUUCUCCCCCUGCUUCACCGAGCUGCAGAGGAAUUUCAUCAUGGCUCUCCCCACCAAACUCAAGAGUCUGAUCCGCCUGGUGAAACGCUGGUACAAACAGUACGUCCUUCCCCACAAAAAGAAGCUGAGGAAUGGGGAGUCCCUGCCCCCCCAGUAUGCACUAGAGCUCCUAUCUGUCUAUGCCUGGGAGCAGGGCAGCAGGGAUCCAGCCUUCAACAUGGCCGAGGGCUUCCGGACAGUGCUGGAGCUGAUCCGGCAGCAUGCCAAGCUCUGUGUCUACUGGACCAUCAACUACGGCUUUGAGAAUGAAACCCUGAGAUGUUACCUGGAGUCUCAGCUCUGCAAACCCAGGCCCAUCAUCCUGGACCCGGCGGAUCCAACGGGCAUCGUGGGGCAGGGGAGCCGCUGGGACCUGGUUGCACAGGAGGCUAAGCACUGCUGUGACCAGCAAUGCUGCCGGAAGCGCAAUGGCUUCGUGGUUCAGCCCUGGAAUGUGCCGUUGCAGCAGCCACGGAUUGCAGCUGAAGGUGAUUUUGUCCUGCAUUCUCGUACUACGGAUGAAGAAUACCCCAUCACUGAGAACCGGAUGUUUGCGACUGGCGGCCACACUGCAGAGCAGGAAUCCUACUGCACUCUUCUCUGACAGCUGCCUCUCAGUGUCCCACCCCGUCAGGAGCCCUCCCUGGAGCAGGGUGGGCAUUACUGGGGGGGGGGGGGGUGUCUCUCCCUGCUCUGCAACUUCCUCCUUUCAGAAAAUGGCCCCUGGGGCCGGUUGAGGACCAGCCCUGGUGGGACGUGACCAAUCGGCUCGUGCUGUGUGCUCCCCCAGCUCCCUUCCCCAUGUAGAACUGAUAAAUGAAAUUGUUUU